UUCUUUAUUGUGAAUUGCUCAUUUCUGCUGCUAUUGCAUUGUUUUCCAUCGGUGUCAAAAAUUUUCGUUUGCGCUGCUAAAAUUUUAUAUCGAAUAUAUUUGCAGCGUAUAGAGUCCAACAUAAUUAAAAGUGUAUGAACUCCUAGCAGGCUCAGUGAAUUACAUGGAUAUAUAAAAACAAAACGUAAUCCCGUUCUUGCCAUCCCUUGCACUGCUAGUCAAUUGUUGAAAAAGCCAUAACUUAACACUACUGUCUAAUAAGAUUGCACUACCAGAAUGGCCUCUACGAUGCAGCUGGAGUUUUCGCAGGCCAUGUCUGAUUUUAAGACUAUGUUUCCGGACAUGGAUCGCGAGGUAAUUGAAGCUGUGUUACGUGCAAAUCAGGGCGCUGUAGAUGCCACAAUCGAUCAGCUACUAGCUAUGUCGACGGAUAAUCAAAAUGAAAAGCUACGCAAUGAAUUGGAUGCAAAAAUAUCACCACAACGUAGUCUCAUAAAUCUAGAUGGCAUAGAUAAUCAGCCUCCGACCGCACAAUUAAUUGACACGUCUGACGGAUGUUCUAUCAUUACACCGAAUAGUCAACAAAAUGCGGCCGCCGCUGCUAAUGCUGUACUAUUGAAUCUGAGUGGCAAUAGUGUUGUGAGCUCAUCACCCAAUCAUAAUACAGGUGCAUCACCCAAACAGAGACUGGUAAGUGUCAACAACAAAUCAUCUGCUAAUGUCACUCCAAAACGUAGUGGUCAUCAUGGUACUCGACGUUGGAACCCUCCAAUGCUCGGUCCACUACCAGCAGGUUUUCUAAGGAUCACACCGAGCGCACAGGAAGGGAUAGCUAGAGAUUUUGACUUGCCAGACGAACAGUUCGCAAUGAUGUUACAAAAUGAGGAAUUCAUGAAUCAGUUGCGAUGGAAUCAGGAAUUUAUGAGUGCGUUGGAGAAGGAGCAGUGCGGCAAAGGAAAAGGUGAAGAUGAUGCUGCAUUCAAAGAACGUUUGAAGCAUAUGGGAAAGGUAUCGCGAAAAAAGUUCUUACAAAUGGCGCGUGUUUUUACCUGGCAGCGUAACAAAAAAACCACAACAGCCAAACAAAUAGACUCACUGCCUCUAAAGGAGGAGCCCAGUGACGACGAAGAUCACCAUCAUGUGCAGCGUAAGUAAAACGAUAACCAUGGCAGCGUGGGAUAAACCACAUAAACCUUAAGUAAGUGGAAUGGUCUGUUUUUCAGAGUUAUUAUGUAAUCUUUUAAUUUUAUGUAUAAAAAAAGUUGUUGAAAUAGUGUAUAAGUUGCUUCACAUUUUGGUAGCUGCUAAUCUUCAUAAAAUUAUUGCUUUCCAAUUAUCUAACGUGAUGCUCAUAAGCUUUCCAUACCGAUAAGCGUAUAUAUGCAAAUAAAUAUAUGUAUAUAUCUGUGGUUGUAUAAUACGAAAGAUAAAUUCCGAGAGUAUAUAAACGUUUGCAAUGGAAGAUUUUAUCUUAAGUAAACUUAGUUAUCAAAAAUGCUUUAAAUAUUUUGUUCACUAAUGAAUUGCGAGUAAUAAUGGUAAUCGUAAAGGAACAAAGAAAAGCAUAAAUUAAAAGUGCAAUAAAGAGUGCAACUAUAAUUGAAAAUAUAAAAAGACAAGCCAUUGUAAUAGGUUUUAGAUUUGCGAAGGCUGAUUGUUGUUUGUUAUUUCACUAAAAAGUGCGAAUUAAGUAUAAGUAUAUACAUGUAUAGUAUGUGAUGAAAAACUAUUGUUUCUAAAAUGCGAAUCUUAUUAAACAUUUUAUUAUUAAUGCAAAUACUUAUUUUUUGGACAUUUUUAUGUAUGAAAAUUAUUUCAAAACUUGUUAUCAUUUAGCUAUUGAUUUAGCUUCAAUAUUAUUUAAUAUAUUUUUCCUUUUGAUAUGUAAUGUAAAGAUGCAUGCACACGAAUCCUUCCUUAUAAAUAUGAAUCUCAUUACAAUGCUCGAGUAAUAUAUGAAUAAUAAGCUUCAGCUUGAUGCUGAGUUUGGGCCUAUUAUGUUGGUUUAUACAGAAAAAUGUUCGAACGGACUGAAUAGAUACAUCAUAAACAACUAUAUUCAUAAAGUAAAUGAAAAACUUAUGUAUAUACUUACAUACAUAUGUACACAACGUAGUUAUAAACUAAAUAUUAAAAUAAACUUAAAACCUAGUGUAUAAUUCUUAAAAGCAUAUAUUCUCAUAAUAUCAAAACAAUGUAUAAGUCCAAUAAUGAAUGUUAAUUAUAAAUACAUACAUAUUUGAAAAUUAGUAGUGAAAUUUAAAAUUUUCAAGCAUUUUGGUUUUCCACAGUCUAAAGACAAUGUUCCAAAGAAUUAUGAUACAUAUAUACAUAAAUACACACAUAUAUUUGCUGAGUAUACAUUAAAGCCAAAAUAUGGCUAAUAUCGCAUUUUGUAUAUGCAAUAUAUAAUAUAAUAUUAUAAAAAACAAUUGAAUAAUAAAUUGCUUUAUUCUUAGCAAUAACGCUAGUCACAAUUUACAAUAAAUCAAAAUCGAACAACCAUUUUCUCCAGUUGUAGCAGAGAUGUUAGUGAAGAUCUGAAGAUAAUACUUAAAUUAUUAUCAUUUUUUUUUAUUUGAAAAAGUACAGUAAAUAUUUUAAACUUACAAUAUUAAAUGAAAUGAGCAUAAUAAAGCAUACAAUUGUUAUAUAUUUUCUUGGUAUGCUACUCAAAAUAUUGAGUGCGACAUAAUAAUAGAUUAAAGUAUUCAAAUAAUUUUAUUAGUUGCUACAAAAAAUGCAUAUCAUAUUGUACAUAUUGUGCCAAAUAUUAGUUUAUUAGAAAUAUCAUUCAACAACUGCAAUGCAACAAAAUGUUGUAUAUAUAUGUUUUCAUUAUAGAUCGGAGUAAACAUUUUGUCUUUUGAGCGCCUUUCGAUGUUUUAAAUUCUAAAUCAAUUAAAAUAAAAUCGAUGUAGUAAAAUUUCUUAAAAACUAAAUAUAAAACUUAAAUUAAAUUAAAAUUAAUACAAUCGUUUAUUAAAAGAAUGUGGAUUUUUACUAAAUAAAUAUGCGGAAAAGUCUCCAAACUGUUAAAAUUAAACAAAGGUAAACAAAUAAUAAAAACGUUUUUAAUUUAUUCCUAGAAUUGGAACGAAAGAUAUUUAAACACAAUACUCCUAAAUAAUUAUUUAUUUACAUCGAAAAUGUCACUGAAUUUCAAUUUUGAAAUAUAUUUCAAAUUACACAAAAUAAGUAAAGAUAAACAAACAUAAAUGUACAAAGUGUAAAAGUGCAGAAUAUGCGAAAUUUAAUUACAUACUACUCCUAACACAAUUCAUAAUUUGACACUAUGUCUUUGUAUGUAGAAUGAAAAUGUCAUAUAUUGUUUAAAACAACGUAGAAAAUACGGAAAUUAGUGGCAAAUAAACAGAUAUGUACAUAUAUAUGUACAUAAUUUCCACAUGCGUACAUAUGUAUGUAAGCAUUUGUUUGUGGCAUGGAAAGUGCUUAAAACUAAUGAAAUAAAAUCGCAAAAAACUACAUAAUUUAAAUAACCCUAAAACCAAACAUAGUUAAAACAAAUUAUGUACGCAUGCAUGUAUAAAUUAACUUUACCAAUGAUGAAUAAAUGUAAAACAAAAAUAUGAAAUAUUGUUUUGUUCUCCAGCUUGAAGGCUUAAUUGAUAGAAUAAUUCACAAUAUAAAACAGAGAAAUAAUUUCCAUUAAAUAUCCUCCAAAGUAUUGACGCCAUAUUACAGCUAUAGUAAUUUCUUACCGAGCUUGUAUUUUUAAAUAUUAUCUAUGAACAUGUACAUAUCUACAUAUAAACCAUCACAAAUACGUAAGUAUAUAUGAUCAUUUCAAGGUUUAGCUAUUACUUGAUUAAUUCUAAAUAUAGUAAUUUUCUUUGUUUGUAUGUAUAUAUAUAUAUAUAGUGGAACUUCUCUAACUCGAAUCACCAUAAUGCACAAAAAAACUUCGAGUUAUAGAAUUUUCAUUAAAACAUAUAAAUUUUUAAAUAGCUGUAAAGUAUAGAUUUAUGCACUGUUUUAUUUAAAAAAAAUUAAAUUUUUUAUGGACAUACGAUAUAAUAUAUUUUCUGUAAAUUGGUUUGCUGCAUUUUGCUAUUUUUUGGCUCUUGACGUCUGUAUCCCAUGCCUUGUGUUAGAUGAUUUGUGCAAUCCAUAAGUGUAAUAUCAUAUUUUAUGUUCGCCUCCAUACGAUAUAGAUGGACUAGUUUAAAAUUCCCCCGCGGUAGUAAAAUAUUAAAUUUUGUAUUAUGGCCUGACCAAAAAGUUCGAUUUAUGGAAGGAAAUUUUUAUGAAAGUUGCCACUUCAAAAGUUCGAGUUAUGGAGAUCUUCGAGUUAUAGAAAUUUCCGUUAGGGAAGUUCCACUGUAUAUAUAUUUAUAUUUUAAUAGCAUACAAGCAGUGUAUGAACUUUGCUUGCGGUGCGAAUUUGUAUUCUCCUACAUUGUCUCGUCAUGGUUACAUCCGCAGUUUAUUCAUAUGUAAUUGUCUUCCCACAUUUCAUUCACUUACGUACGUACAUACAUACAUUUCCGUUUGAAGAAUUUGAAACUUGUCUUUUAGUUAUUCAUUCUGUUGCAGCACCGAUGAGACCACGAAUUACGUUCAAAACAUACUGGUGAAUAUAUGUGUGUACGCACACAAAUAGUAUAUUAAUUUUACUUUAUUACUGUCACUCCAGAAAAGGCUCCAAUGCUCCAUUACCACUCUGAAUUUCAUUAUUGGGAACUUCACUCAAUUGUACAUACAUGUGAACGUACAAUUUUACAUACUUACGUAUCUAAGCACAUGUGUGUAUAUGUAACUGCACAUAUACAUACAUACAUAUGUAUAUAUGUACGUAUUUUAUAUAGAUAAGUCUUGGUUACGAACGCCACUGGAAUUUUAAAACGCCUUUAAAUUGUUUAUUCAACCACGAACAAUUUGAUAGGGAGCUCAAUUCAUUAAACUCAACGCUCGCAGUUCAACUGCCAAGGGUCAUUACUACAAUGUAUUAAAUGAAAUAAAAUAGAUUUAGUAUUUGUUUCUUUAGAAUAAACACGGAUGAGUACUCAUAUUCAUCACGCUUGUAGCGAGCUAAGAUAUUUUAUAUAUUUGUCAAUAAGUUAUAUACUGCUGAUAAGUACGGCGAUGCAGCAAUAGCAAAGCAAGUCCCUAAAUGCCACAGCUCUUCUCUACAUACUCCAUAUUAAGUUUCUGCCUUUUGAUUUCCACUUUUCAACUGCUCGCAUCCUACCCUGAACUUUUGUAAUAUACCGGCCGGCUCGAUUGCCGAUAUACUAGCAUGCUGACAUAUGCACAAUCAUGCAAACAUGAGACGGGAAUGUGCCUAAGCUUUGAAUUAGUAAUGUGGUAUCGCAUAUGAUUCUGCCACGGGUUGUUUUUCGGGCGCAACAAAUGAGCUAAUGGCGAUGACUUUGAAAACAGCAAUGAAGUCGUAAUCUAACACUAUCUGAGUUGGACAUUUUUGAGCGCCUGUAUGCGCUAUGUACAUAUAUAAUGUGUGUAUACAUAUUUAUGUUUAAUUGGCUGCGCAACCUCUGCUGAACUUGCAUUCAAAGAGUGAGUUUGACAACCACAAUUUUAGCAUUCCAAAUGUGUCAUUUAGUUCUUCUGAAAACCAAAACGCCAUUAAAUACUUAAGUGCAGAUGUAAAAUAUUUUAACCAUUUCAACAAAAAAUCUACCACAUAAACUUCCAAACCACCGAAAACUAAAUAAUUGUAUGACUUGCUUUUGUUUAUUGUUUUCGAUUUUUUUGUUUUAUUAUUAUAUGUAAACGUAAUACAUUCAAUUAAUAUUUAGAAGACAAUAAAUCUAUUUCUUAUUAUGUUUUGUUACACUUUGAUUUAUGGUUUAUGCAUUUGUUUCUAUUAUUUCAUAUUAUGUUGUUGCGAUUGCAUUGUUAAAUAUUUAUAUAAUAUUUUUACCGCUCGCAAUGUUUAGGUCAUUAUACAUAUUGUUCUUUUUUGCUGGGUGUUGUUAAUUUUGCGGGUUUUAAGUCUUUACCAUCUCAAUCAUUUAUUGAAACGAUUUUGUUGUUUAUUUAAACAGUUUGCAACUUUUCAUUAAAUUUAUACAAUUAUUCAUAAUGCUAGAAAACAUCCAUUUUAUA